AUGUAUAAUAGACCAACUGCAACUCCUGGAUGCGAAGUUGUGCUUACAGAUUUCAACAGCACCGACCAAGAAACUAAUGGAAACUACUCAUUCGAUGGUGUCACGGUCAUUAUCAAACAUGGGGAUAUUACACAGGAAAAUACAGACUGUAUCGUGAACAGUACUAAUGUUGACUUGAACUUCAAAACAGGUAAAGUGUCACAGACAUUGAUGAGCAUUGGAGGACUUGAAUUACAAGAAGAGAUAGAACAUCACAAAACAGAAAUGAUGAGAAACAAAAUUGUAACUACAUUAGCACCAGGAUUAUCCUGUAGACAUAUCAUACAUGUCGAUGCAGACUUUAAAGAUAUAGCCGGAACUGUGAAAAAGUGCUUAAAAGAAGCCGAAAACGCGAAACUUGGCAGCAUUGCCUUGCCUGCCUUUGCAACUCGCAACAUACUUUCAGGUUCGACAACAGUUUCUUCAGAUGCUGUCUCUGAAGUUGCAAAAAGCAUGGUGAAAGCAGUAAGGGAAUUUUCAAAAUCACAGCCAAGAUACAUGAAAGAGAUCAGAUUUGUUAUUUACCAACAUGAUAUGUUACCGGAAUUUUUAAAAGCUGCAGAAGAUGUUGUUGAUUCAAAAAGCUGGUUUGGAAAUGUUUGGAAAGGAUUUAAAAAUGUGAUCGGCAUGAGGGGACCUAGCGAUGGAAAUGAUAGUAUGAAAUCAAAUUCUGGACCCGAUUACAACUCUGUUUCGUUCAUCAUCAUUGCUAUGAGUGAUGACAUCAUACGCAAGGCUAUUAAAAAUCUUGAAGAAUCUCUUGAAAAGGUGAUGCAUACAAGAAUUAUCGAUGAUCAUACCAUUCGUGAUCUUGAGGACAUUCAGGUUGACGAAAUACAAGGAAUAGCACAUCAAUGUCAUGUUGGAAUGAUUAUGGAUAAAAGAAAAGCAACAAUACAGCUUUCAGGAAUAGUUACAAACGUUAUGAACGCUUCUGACAAGAUAAAUAAGCUGCUGAGAGAUGCGGAGAGAAUGGAAUUCUUGAAAAACAUUGCACAGUGGUUCUACAUAAAAGUAUCACAAACAGGAGAAACAGUUUCACCGUAUGAAAAGGAUAUAAAUAUGAAAAUAGAAAAUGCAUACAAAGUCAAAAAACCUACAGUUGCAUACGUCAUAGACGGAAUUGAUUAUAUUCUUAACUUUGAAUUAAUGGAAGAGUAUCCUGAAAAUAAACCCUCAAAUAAAUUAAAGGUUAUCAGGAGGGACCUCGUGAAGGGUGGAACAUUUGAACCCCCUGCAAACUGGGAUGAUAUGAAGGGCGGAAAUUUACGAGUUGUGAGUUUGUUUAACGGAAGUCAAGAGUAUAAAGCAAUUGUUAAACAAUUUAAAGAUUCUGCUGGACAGUAUAAAGACGCGAAUGGUCAACUUAAGGACUAUACUGUUGUUAAGAUCGAACGGGUACAAAACAAAGUUCUUUGGGAACAGUAUCAGUCCAAGAAAAAACAGCUUGAAGACCAAAAUCCGUCUGGUACCAUUAAUGAAAGAGAACUUUGGCAUGGGACCAGUGCAGAUCCCGUCGACAGCAUCAAUGCACAUGGUUUUAAUAGGAGUUUUUGUGGCAAAAAUGCAACUGUAUAUGGUGACGGUGUUUAUUUUGCAAAACAUGCAAAGUAUUCAUGUCAAAGCACAUACUCAAAACCGGAUUCAAGUGGAAUAAAAAGAAUGUACCUAUGCAAAGUGUUGACUGGAGUAUAUGCAAAAGGAGAACGGGGAAUGAGAGUCCCACCGUCGAAUCCCAAUGGAGUACCACAUGCACUUUUCGACUCCGUUACUAACGACAUGAAAACUCCACACAUGUUUAUCAUAUUUCAUGACACUCAAGCAUGCCCCGAGUAUCUUAUACACUUUAAAGAGUAAAAAUUCACGAAUAUAUGUGUAUUAUACCUAUAGUACACUCAAGUGUUUGCAAAACAGUAUAUGUGUUAUUUCGCGUUUCGUGAUAUAUAUUUCGUAUAAAGAAAAUAUUGUGCUAUUUCACUUGCCAUAUUUGUUUUAUAGUAAAUCUAUCAGUGAAUUGUUGCAUUAAACUGUUUUUACAUUGCACCAACAGCGCCCGGUCAUAAGAAUCACGUUUUCUUCUCCGUUAAUGUAUACCUGCGUGCGGAGUUUUUAUGCAAAGAAUGCGGCGCAAUAAAUCAGCUUGCGCAUUUCUAUAUAUAAUAAUUUGUUGAAUCAUAUGAAUUAACGUUGCCAUUGCAUAUACCUUUUGGGUGAUGCAAUAAGAAAUCAAUUUAUUGUUGUUAUUGAUUUUUGUUCCCACAUUUAUGGGGACGUCAUACACUUUGCAUAUACCAGCAAACCAAAGAAAGGUCAGAUUGUAAAGAGACUGUCAAAAAAGAAAAAAAAAUGCAUUGCAGCAUUUGAAUUUGAAUUUAGAUUGUGUCUAUUUCUCUCUUUGUACAAGACAUUAAAACAUUACAAAAUAUUUCCUUAUAAUUAAUAUUUGCUGGAUUAUUUUCAUAGUAAGUUGUAGUAUAUGAACAAUUCUUAAUAAAUAUUUUCUAAUGUAUGUUUAAUGUAAUUGGUAUUUCUGUCUAGACAACAUUUCACUUUGAAAUGAAAACAGUGUUACCAAAUAAUAUUUUGCAAGCAUUCUGAACCUUAUCAUUUAAAAAUUGCGCAUAUUAACAAAGUAUUUUGUAAUAUAUUUAGAAUACAGUUAUAUGUCAUUUCUUCUGUAUUUUUGAAGCAGACAUUUAAAGUAACAUGCAUAUAAUUAUACAUUUACGAUUAGUUAAAAGAAGAAUUUUCGUCCAAGGGAUUUUGAGAAUGAUUCAUUCGAUUGGAACCAAAAUUCAUCAGGCUACAGAAGAUAAUGUUAGCUUUUACUGAAAACCAUUUCCUGCUAUGAUUUAUAGAAUGAUUGCCGUUCUAUAUCAAUUAUUUGUAGGUCAAUAUUUAGAUGCAAAUACCUUAGAAUUUAAGUAAAAAUUUUUUUUUCACUCUAAAUGAAGCUUACCAGUGGAGCAUCUCCAGAAAAUCAGAAUGUGAUAUUUGAAUGGAAAAAGUUUCUUGUGAUUCAUUAUUUAAUCUUACUCUUAGAAACUCAUAGUUUGUUGUUUAUAAAAAAGAAAUAAGGUUUGGAAGAAUUCGUUUGCCAAGUGUGUUUGUUAAUGUGCGUGACUAUUAAUGCUUAUUUUUGUAUCUUUCUGUACAUAAGUUAUACUUUGCUUAUAUGUACUACAUAUAUUUCUAAAUAGCUUUGCAGUGAACACAGAUGAUCUGUUUGAUAUGAAUAUAUUCGAAUUUGUGAUUGGUUUUUUUUAAUUAAAAGGUAAUAAAAAUCAUAUGGUGGCGAAGAUGAAAAUUUAGAAAACAUAUACUUAUACAUACUCGGAAACACAAUAAAGUGAUAUUUAAGAAAUAAGAAAUGUUUGAUAGGAAGCAAAAACAUUAAUCGUAACGAUUCAUUUAUCUUGAUAUUGUGUUUUAAAAUAUCUUACAUGUCAUCUUGUCUUUUACUUUAAUAUCUUUAGUUGUUACUUUUACUUGAUGUAUUUUUAAUUUUGUAAAAAUCUAAGACUUGUGAUCUUUUCAUACGAUGAAUAAAAUUAGUUCAACAAUUUCUUGAUAAGUUUCAUACAGCCAAUUACUUUACUUAUAUAAGUUAUGAUAAAACCAUCCUGUAAAAUAUGUUGUUACUAUUGAGGUUUAAGAAAAGUUAUAUAUUUGAUAUGUUGCCACUACCGAAGGUUAUGCAAACAUGUUUGUAAAAUAUGUUGUCACUACCGAAGUUGAUGCAAACAUGUUUGUAAAAUAUAUUGUCACUACCGAAGUUUAUGCAAACAUAUAUGUAAAUUAUAUUGUCACUACCGAGGUUUGUGUAAACAUGUUUGUAAAUUAUGUUGUCACUACCGAGGUUGAUGCAAACAUGUAUGUAAACAUGUUGUCACUACCGAGGUUGAAGCAAACAUGUAUGUAAAUUAUGUUGUCACUACCGAAGUUUGAGAAAACAUGUAAGUAAAACAUGUUGUCACUACCGAGGUUGAAGCAAACAUGUAUGUAAAAUAGGGUGUAACUAAGGAGGUUUAUGCAAACACGUUGUUUGAUCUAGAAUGCCGUUUCUUAUAGUUUUACCUCAAUAGCAACUUCAUUGUAUAAUACAGACUACCAGGACUUUUAACUUCUAAAAAAAUGAGUUUUGGAUAGAUAAAAAUGUAGUAAUAAAUAAGUUGUUUCUUAGUUAGUAUCAAAAUAAUAAAACAGCUACAAUAAAUGUAUGUUUUUAAAAGAGAUGUACAUGCUUAUAGAUUCUAAUCGCUGAUAUGGAUAAAUACACAUUUUGUAAUUUUGACUUUUAUGUAUUAAUCUGCUAUUAAAAUUCGU